AAUGUAGUUUACGCAGAACCGUUACCGUGAGAAGUCUGAACCAUAACAGUGAGAAAUGGAAAAUAAUUCCGCACCGGGUGUGAAAAUCCAAAGUACGGUCAAAAACUGCAGAGUUCGAGAUAAAAUUGUAAAUGAGGGAGACAUUAAAGUUGAAACCGACGGGACGAAUGAUUUCGUCAUUGGCGACAACAUUAUAGCUAACAAAGCCAAAAGCAUAACACUUCAAACCAAGAUUGAGCAAACGCAAGCCAAGACAACAAGCACUGGAUCGGUAGUAGGAAGUGGUUCUAAGGCAAAAGUGAUGAUCGGAAAUCAUGUAACGGAGAAUGAUGUAAAAGAAAAUGUGGAAAGUAGAAGCAAAAUUAGCUUUCAACAAGAUGAUAGAAUUGAAUUGAGCAUUGGUGAAAUGUGUGAUAAUAACGAUGCCGAAAAUGUCAUAUUGAAACCCGAAAUUAAGCAGGUAACCACCAAUGCCAUCGCUGCUACCACUACUGCUACCGAACUACAGGCCGAUGUGUCGUCUCGGACAAACGUACGCGAUGAAACUGAGUGGCCCCCAAUAGGAAUAUACAAUGCAAAUCCACUACCAGGUCAGAAUGUCAUCUAUGAAGGUAUUGGUUCGGUUACUUGUGCUGGCCGAGCGCGAAACGUUCACAGUACAUUGAACUACGUUGGCAAUGGUAAGGAGGGUAUGAAAUUGACCGACAACAAAAGCCAUUCCACCGACAAAAAUACGAUCAGAGUUAAUAACAUAGGCCCAAUGAACGCAAUAAAAGAGUGUGAAGAAAUGAAGAAUUCGGUAAAUGUAACAAUUAAACCGGAAAUAAAUGAAAAUCCGUAA